GCAAAAUCCGAUUUGGCCACGACUCUGGCUGUAGCGAGCGGUUUCCGGGGAAUAACUCGCCGACGGGAGGCCGGACGAUGCAGCACAACCACGUUCUGAUAAGGGGCGGCGUCCUCAACGCGCGUCCCUCCCUCACGCCAUGUUUAAAACCUACACCGCCGCCACUUUUCUGCUGCCGAAGCGACUGAAGCUCGCCUCGUUGCUCCCUCCGCAGCCCACCGCCCUCUCGACCGACGCCUCCCUCUCCCCGCAACAGGACCCUCGCCAGCCCAUCCUCCUCGCCUCACACCAGGCCAUGUCACAAACCCGCGCCGACAGCCCGCCUCGGCCCCAGCGCCCGAUGGCCUACUUCCCGCUGGGGUACAAAGAAGCUGUUCAGCAAUGGUGGGCGAGUGUAUCUUCUCGACAGGCCGAGCGCAACGUCCUCGCCUUCGUCCCUUACCUCCGGGAAGCCAGCGCCGAAACGGUGGUGGGCUCGCAAUUACAGGAUCUCGCCAAUUGCGACCCGUUCGGCCUCAGAGUGUGGAGGACAUCCAUGGUGGAGCUGUCCGGCAAAAACCGGGCCCUGAACGAGCUGUCGAUCGAGCGCGUCGGGGAGCAGGCGGACGAUACCUUGGUCAUGCUUCACGGCUACGGCGCCGGCCUCGGUUUCUUCUACAAGAACUUUGAGCCGCUCAGCCGCGCACGAGGGUGGAAGUUGUACGCGCUCGACAUGCUCGGCAUGGGCAAUUCCUCGAGACCGCCCUUCAAGAUCCGCGCCAAGGACCCCAAGGAGAAGAUUGCCGAGGCGGAGGGCUGGUUCAUCGACGCGCUCGAGGAGUGGCGCAAGAUCCGCAAGAUCGAAAAGUUCACCCUGCUCGGCCACUCGCUGGGCGGCUAUCUCGCCGUGUCCUACGCCCUGAAAUACCCCGGCCGGCUCAACAAGCUCAUCCUCGCCUCGCCCGUCGGCGUCCCCGAGGACCCCUGGGCCAUCGACUCCUCCAUGCCCGAGCCGCAAGAGUCGACGCUGGCCAACGAGUUCACCCAGGACCAGGAGAGCAUCGUCAAGGGCGAGCCCGCCCGAGUCCGCGCCCCGGCGGCCGACAACAAGUCCACCACCACCAUCGCCGCCCCUCCCAAGCGGCCCAUCCCGAGCUGGCUCGUCUGGCUCUGGGACGCCAACGUGUCCCCCUUCAGCAUCGUCCGCAUGGCCGGCCCGCUCGGCCCGCGCUUCGUCUCGGGCUGGACCUUCCGCCGCUUCAACCACCUCCCGCCCGCCGAGAAGGACGCGCUGCACAUGUACAGCUACUCGCUCUUCCGCCAGCGCGGCAGCGGCGAGUACGCCCUCCCCUACCUCCUCGCCCCGGGCGCCUACGCCCGCAGCCCCCUCAUCAACCGCAUCCAGGACGUCGGCCGGCAGGUCCUCCGCCCGGCCACCGACACGACCCCCGCCGUGCGCGAGACCGGCAUCCCCGUCGUCUUCAUGUACGGCGAGAACGACUGGAUGGACGUCGCGGGCGGGUACGCGGCCGAGGAGAAGCUCAAGCAGCGCCGCGUCCAGGCCCUGCUGAACGCCACCGACGACGAGAAGCGCAGGGAGAACGGGUCCGCCAAGGUGAUCGUCGUCCGCAAGGCCGGCCACAACUUGUACCUGGACAACCCGGACGAGUUCAACGAGGUCGUGCUGAGAGAGAUGGAGGAGACAAGGCAGAGACGCUUGAGGUUGGGGGAGUGAAAAAGCAAACACAAAAUGGCAAGGAGGUCCAGCCCGUCUUGGUUCUUUGACCCGAUGAUUUUCAAAUAUGUUGUUCAUCUAAUUAGAUGAUGCAUGAUGGGCGUUGAGGUUGCAGUCUCCUGUCGAGGACUAGACAGGAUUGACCUUUGGAAU